UAGUCUUUGCAAAUCCUACAACCCAUUGUGCAUCUGCGAAACCAAAGCUCAUUUUCGGGCGAUAAUAGCGAUUAGAUACCGGUAUCUUUGAAAACUACCUUCUUCCCCGGUGGCUCUCGACACCGACGUGCCUUUGUACGCCGCGGAGAACCGUGUAAAAUUGCCCGCGGUCAGUACACUCCUCCCAUUCUACAUUUGAGAAGCCGGUCAAAAUGGACGUAAUAAAGGCGGUCCAGAAUUACCUCAACAAAAUGAUAAAUGAGGUUACAGGGAUGAAAGUGUUACUUAUGGAUGCCGAGACAACUUCCAUAAUAUCAAUGGUCAUGACUCAAACGCAGCUCCUCCAACGCGAAGUUUAUCUUAUCGACCGGAUAGAUAACCGUCAGCGAGAGAAAAUGCGGCAUCUGCGAUGUAUUUGCUUUUUGAGGCCGACCGGGGAGUCAGUUCAGGCAUUGGUGGAGGAAUUGAGGGAGCCACGGUAUGGAGAUUAUUACUUGUAUUUCAGCAAUACUUUGCGAAAAUCGGAUAUCGAGCGGCUAGCGGAAGUUGAUGAGCACGAAGUCGUGCGAGAAGUGCAGGAGUACUAUGCGGACUUCCUAUCUAUCAAUGCAGACCUCUUUUCUCUCAACUUGGCGGCUCCGCAGAAUCCACUUUUUGUCGAAAACCUCAAUACUUGGGAUACCCGAACGUUUUCUCGCACCACGGAGGGAAUUUUGGCGCUACUUUUAGCGCUAAAAAAGAAGCCGCUAAUACGAUAUGAGAAGAGUUCAGCACUGGCAAAGAAAUUGGCAGGGGAGCUAGCGUAUCAAAUACAGCAGGAAGGACCUCUGUUCGACUUCCGAAGACCAGAUACCCCUCCUAUUCUUCUCAUCAUGGACCGCCGCAACGAUCCUGUUACUCCCUUGCUGCUCCAAUGGACCUAUCAAGCAAUGGUGCACGAACUAAUUGGGAUCAGCAAUGGGAGGGUCGACUUGUCAGGUCUACCGGAUGUCCGUCCAGAAAUGAAGGAAGUGGUUCUAAAUCCAGAACAGGACAGCUUUUACCGAAAAAGCAUGUAUCUCAAUUUGGGGGAUCUAGGUGGCAACAUUAAAACCUACGUGGACGAGUACCAAACCAAGCAUAAGUCGUCUGCCGAAAUCAACUCUAUCGCAGAUAUGAAGAAGUUUGUGGAGGACUACCCAGAAUUUCGAAAGCUCUCUGGAAACGUAACGAAGCAUGUUACGUUGGUGGGAGAGCUCAGUAGACAAGUUAGCCGGCAACAUUUGAUGGAAGUAGGCGAAUUGGAGCAGAGCUUGGCUGUCAACGAUAACCAUGCCCAAGACUUGAAGGUUUUACGUUCUAUGCUCGAGCGUACCGAUAUACCUGACGAUGCACGAAUUCGCCUAGUUCUGCUCUACGCGUUGCGAUACGAGAAGUCACAGAGUAAUGCUACCCCGCAGUUGCUCGAUCUAUUAGCCCGAAGCGGAGUGAGCGACAAGAAGAUUGCGGUGGUUGGUCACCUCAUACAGUUUGCGGGAACAGAUCAACGUCUUGAAGACCUCUUUUCAAAUCAGAAUGUGUUUGCACGCACAAAGAAUGUCUUCAAAGGUCUCCAGGGCGUUGAAAACGUGUACACGCAACAUUCACCCCAUCUCGUCGAAACCAUCCAAGAUUGUAUCAAAGGCCGCCUAAAGGAUCAACUAUAUCCAUUGAUCGAGGGCAGCACACGGGAUAAACCUCAAGAUAUUAUUGUGUUUAUGAUUGGUGGUGCCACAUAUGCGGAGGCACAUGAAGUAGCUAAACUAAAUGCGAGCAACCCUGGAGUGAGAAUCGUACUUGGAGGCACUACCGUGCAUAACUCACAAAGCUUUCUGCGUGAAGUUGCUGAAUCUGUCUCACGAUGGGGUAAGGGAUCUACCGCGCAUUCAUCACCGCCCUUGGAGCGGUUGCGGACUGCGAGGUUGGGGUGAUCCAAUCGACGGAGAGAGAGAAAGAGGUUGGAAUUAUCAUAAUGUUGGUUCAUGGGAAAGUAAGGUGUAUCAAUGGUUCCUUUGCUUCCCCGUCUUUAUAGAAUAAACUAUCGUGGUUUUUCUUGACGGAGAUUGACUUGUGUCGGCACCAUGGUACUCAUCUCCCGAAUCCCUUUUUGUCUUCCCUCCGACUUCUCUCUCUCUCUAAAUACUGGAUGCGUCGCCCCAUUCCUCGCAUCAGCAUUUAUACACAAUCCUUCGGAAAAGUCUCCAUAUGAUCACUUAUACUUUCUCUUUACCUUCUCAGGACACCGGUAAUUCGGCUGGGAUAGAUCCUUGCUCUCCAAUGCAGUGAGGGGGAAAACGGACGGACUGGUCCAUGGGAUUCUCAUUUUGUAGCAUAAUGUAUUUUUAUCUCUUGUGUAUCAAUGCUCCUAUACUGUUUGGUUGAGAACUGGCUCAUGUUCAGAACGCGCGUGUCGAUAAACCGGCACCCUAAUGUAGCCCUCAGUUUCG